GGUGGACUGUUAGUAUCGGUGGCCACCCAGCGCGCCCGCCUCCGCGAUGCUUUUGUCCAACGUGAGCAUCUGCUCGGGCUUCAACAGCGCCCUGCACGCCGGAGCCGGGGAAGGGCACCCGGACCUUGGGGGCGGCUCUCGGCGCUCCACCCUCACUCCGACGGGGAAUCUCGUCGUCGCCGUGUGCUUGGGCUUCAUCGGCACUUUUGGACUCGUGAACAACUUGCUGGUGCUGGUGCUCUACUGCCGCUACAAGAUCCUGCGCUCGCCCAUUAACUUGCUGCUGAUUAACAUUUCCGUCAGCGACUUGCUGGUGUGCCUGUUGGGGACGCCGUUCAGCUUCGCGGCCAGCACGCAGGGAAGGUGGCUCAUUGGAGCCAAGGGCUGCGUGUGGUACGGCUUCGCCAACUCGCUCUUUGGCAUUGUGUCCCUCAUCUCUCUGGCUGUCCUCUCCUACGAGCGCUACAGCACCAUGAUGACACCCACUGAGGCCGACUCAUCCAACUACUGCAAGGUCUGCCUGGGCAUCAUCCUUUCGUGGGUCUAUUCCCUCAUCUGGACCCUGCCGCCGCUUAUUGGUUGGAGUCACUACGGUCCAGAAGGACCAGGGACCACCUGCUCCGUCAACUGGAAAGCCAAGACGGCGAAUAACAUAUCUUACAUCGUGUGUCUAUUUAUCUUCUGCCUCAUUGUGCCAUUGUUGGUGAUCGUGUUCUGCUAUGGAAAGCUGCUGUGCGCCAUCAAACAGGUGAGUGGGAUCAACGCAUCGAUGAGCAGGAAACGGGAGCAGCGAGUUUUGUUCAUGGUGGUGAUCAUGGUGAUCUGCUACCUUAUGUGCUGGCUGCCUUACGGUAUCAUGGCGCUGCUGGCCACUUUCGGACCGCCUGGCCUUGUCACGCCUGAAGCCAGCAUCAUACCGUCCGUCCUGGCAAAGACAAGCACAGUCAUCAACCCGGUGAUAUAUGUCUUCAUGAAUAAACAGUUUUACAGAUGCUUUCAAGCACUGCUACAUUGCGAGGCUCCUCGGCGAGGCUCCAGUGUGAAGAGCUCAUCAAAGGUUGCCACCAAGCCGGUGAGGGCUGGCGCGGUGACAGGUCUGCGUCAUACCAACGACUUUCUAUACAUGGUGGCCUCCCUGGGUCAGCCAGCUGCUGCAGUGCCCCAACUGGACCCUACCCUGGAACCCACCCAUGAUGUCACCAAAGCCCCUUCUUCAGACUUCAACCAACCUGCUGUGGUAUCACUCGUGGCCCACUUCGAUGGAUGAAUUCUGGCUAUGACCUUGACAUUAGCAUGAAAUGGCGAUGUCUCCAGGCUGGAAGGCAUUAAUAAUGAAUGGUGCCGUUGCUGAGUUUGGUCCGACUGCAACGAGCCAGUUCAGACGAAUAAAAUAGAGCUCUUGCAUCAGCUGAGUCCAGGUUGCUGUAGCCAAUACACAGCAGUUCUGGAGGGAAGCUUUGGAAUUACUUUCAGAAAUUAUGAGCAGGGUUGGCAGGAACUGAACCUACCUACAUUGCCCCUUUGUUUAUCUGCAGACAAAAUGUGAACAUGCAAAAAAAAAAAAAA